AUGAGAUCUGGCUGGAUUAAAGGAUCAAUUCUGGCCUUUGCCGUGACUGCGGCUCUGCUAUAUCUUGGCUCUAUUAAGAUGGACGUCCAUACCCAUUCAGAGAGACUCCAGAGGGCCCACGACAAUGACUCCAUCAGGAGUCAGAGAAUUAUUCAUAGGAUGGACAAGAUGGAAAUGAACAUCAACAGGCUGGUCAGUCUGAUAAAUAAUCUUGAUAAGAAGGAACCAGCACCACAGAAGAACUCAGAGGUGAAGAAGGAGAGGAAGGUGGUGAGGAAGCUGUACCCGAACUCUGCUCUGUUCAGCAAGUGGGGUAAUGAGCUUUCAGAGGAGGAGCAGAAGGAGGCCGAGAAUUUGUUUCAGAGAUACGGCUACAACGCCUUCCUCAGUGACAGGCUGCCCCUCAACAGAGAGAUCCCUGACACCAGGCCUGCCAGGUGUGCUGACAAAAAGUACCCAGAGGAUCUGCCUACCAUCAGUGUUGUUUUAAUCUACCUGGAUGAAGCUCUUUCUAUCAUCAAAAGGGCCAUCCGCAGCAUCAUAGACAAGACGCCAGCUCGGCUGCUGAAAGAAAUCAUACUGGUGGACGAUCACAGCAGUAAUGAGGAUUUAAUGGAGAAACUGGAUGAAUACAUCAACUCCAUCCAUGAGGAGGUUCCAGGCCUGGUGAAGAAAGUCAGGCACUCGGAGCAGCUUGGCCUCACCCAGGCCAGACUGUCCGGAUGGAGGGCUGCUGUUGGAGACGUGGUGGCCAUCUUGGAUGCUCACAUAGAAGUCCAUGUGCAAUGGGCAGAGCCAUUGUUAGCUCGCAUUAAAGAGGACCGAACCGUGAUACUGACACCAGUGUUUGACAGAGUCAAUUUUGAUGAUUUGGCACUGACUCCCUACACACCUGCAGCAGAUGCCUUCGACUGGGCUCUGUGGUGCAUGUAUGAGUCCUUCAGACCCGAGUGGUACGCUUUAAAGGACGAGUCACAACCUGGCAAGAGCCCCUCCAUCAUGGGGAUUCUUGUUGCUGAUCGUAAGUUCUUUGGAGAGAUCGGAAGUCUUGAUGGUGGAAUGAAAAUAUAUGGAGGUGAAAAUGUGGAGCUUGGCAUCCGGGUGUGGCUGUGUGGAGGAAGCAUAGAAGUCAUACCUUGCUCUAAAAUUGCCCACAUUGAACGGGCCGUCAAGCCUUACCUCCCAGACUUGAGUGUAAUGGUAAAGCGUAAUGCACUGAGGGUGGCGGAGGUGUGGAUGGAUGAAUAUAAAUACAAUGUCAACAUUGCCUGGAACCUUCCCAUAGAGAAUCAUGGGAUAGAUAUUGGGGAUGUAUCGGAGAGGAAAAAGCUGAGAGAGAGGCUGAAUUGUAAGCCCUUUAAGUGGUAUCUGGAUAAUAUUUACCCCUUGCUGGACCCUCUGAAGGAUCUGCUAGGUUAUGGAGUGCUGAUUAAUGACCUGAAGCCAGAUCUCUGUGUUGACCAAGGCCCAGUUCCUGGGAACACACCCAUUGUAUAUGCAUGCCACCGCUACUCACCACAGCACUGUUAUUAUCGCUCUGAUGGACAACUCUACAUUGGCGGAAUCAAAUCUCACAAGUACAACAACAACCGCUGUCUGGUGGACCCCGGCACCGGAGUCUACCCAGGACUCUACAACUGCAAACUGGCCCAGCAGAAGAACUUCCACAUGCUGUGGGAUUUUAAACAGAAAGGACCAAUCCAGAACAGAGAAUCAAAGAAAUGUCUAGAAGUUGCAAUGGGUGAAGACGGCUAUUACAAACUUGUUGUCCAGCAGUGCAGUGGUCAGAGGUGGAAGAUAGAAAAUCUCAUUAAAGACCAUGGAAAGGCUGCUGGGCAGGGCCCAGAAUACAAUAUUUAAUUGCACAACAACUGAAUUUCAUGCCAGAGAAAGAUAUGGAAUGGUUGCUUGUCUUUGGAGUGAGUUUAUAAUUUGCCCUGGACGACUUGGAUCCACAAGAGUCAGACGAGCAAUAGAACUAAUACUUUUCUAUUUAAUUCUUGCUUUUGCAUCAUGCUUUUUUGACAAUGCAAAAUGUCCCAAUGAACAUUGCAAUAACAGUUUUUCACUGUGGUCAACUUAUAAAGUUCCUUUUGUAGUUUUUCCAGUAAAAAAACUAUAGUUUAGAAACUCGUGUGAGGGUUUUAACUUACCUAUAGUACCCACGUUUCUUUGUCCGACCUAAUUUUAACUCAGUUCAGUGUAUCCUUUUACAAAGAAACAAAGUCCCAAUUAAACACUGUACACUGACUUUGAAUUGUUUACAUAAAGGCUGCUAAUGGUCUAUACAUGUUUACUCUAUGACUGUUUGCUCAAUGACAAACAUUCAAGUCAAAUAGGAUCUGUUAUGCUAUGGUUUGGUAACCAUGAAUGAUCGAUGAUGAUGGCAUCCCAUUGUUUCUGCCACCUGAUGUGACACCUGACCUUCAGAUGAGCUGGCAGGGAGCUGUACCUGCAGGCAGUCUUUUAAACACUGACUUGUUUGACUAACGAUUUCCAAUAAACUAGAAAUUACACAUUA